AUGCUUCACCGACUGCCCCCCAAAGAAACCCUCUCUCAGGUCGAGGCGUUCCCCCCGGGGUACCCGUCUCUGGCGGCCUUCCUCGGCAACGACAGGGACUUUGCUAUGUUCCGGAGCUUCAGGCGGCUGCACGCACGCGUGCUGCUACGCAAGCAAGAUGAGCUCGCCCAGCUGCAGCAGCGCUUGGACGGCCUCGACGAUGCCGAGAACAAACCGAGCCCGUACUCCCUGACGACUAACAGACGCCAGGACGCGAAGGCGGCCGAGCAAGCGGCGCUGCUUAGCGAGCUGAUUAACAGCCUCCUCACGUCGUUCCUCAAAAACCUCAAACGCCCCGAACCGGAAGGCGACCAUGUCAAGAGCGUGGCGAACUGGAUGGAUGGGAAGAAACCCCUGGCCCGCGCAGAGUUUCUCGUCAUGUGA